AUGCAUAUACACCGACGUCAAGCCAGGAAUCUGGCCUGGUAUGAUGAUGAUGGAGAAGCAACGUCCUACCACAACCCUUUCAAAAAAUUCCGAUACCGCUCUAUGCGCUCAACUGAAUCUCGUGCAGAAGAUGGGUUACCACGUGCACAGACAGAAAGCAAUACUGUAUCGAGAUCUGAGAGGGACCGGCGAGAAGAGAUGGGUAGCAUCUUCUCUGCACCCCGCCAUGCACAUACCAACCCUCCAGCAUCAAGAAAAUCUGUUGGUGACGUUAUUGAAAUGACACGAGCAGGAUCUAUGACUAAUGCUGCACCUCUGACGACGUCGAAAGAAGAACAACAGCAUGAAUUUCUAGGAACGGGGGCUUCUAAUAAACGGAGAUUCUUCAAAAGCGGCGGAAACCAUGCCUCGGCUAGUAUGAUACCACAAGAGCCUGAGGAUUCUGGAAAAGAUAAACAAGCAUUUACGGCUGUCGAACAAUUAAAGGCCACCCUGCUAAAUUCUUGGAUUAACGUCUUGCUUGUCAUGGUCCCCGUCGGGAUCGCGAUUCACCAUGCGCAUAUUGACCCCAUUGCAAUCUUUGUUAUCAAUUUCAUUGCCAUUAUCCCUCUUGCCGCGAUGCUAAGUUAUGCUACGGAGGAAAUUGCUCUCAGGACGGGGGAAACUGUGGGCGGUUUGCUCAACGCAACAUUCGGGAAUGCUGUGGAACUCAUUGUGUCGCUCCUGGCCUUGUUUAAACGUGAAAUCGUCAUCGUGCAAACGUCCCUUAUCGGCAGUAUAUUAUCAAACCUGCUACUGGUUUUGGGAAUGGCCUUUUUCCUUGGAGGUAUAAAUCGACUUGAACAAAAUUUCAACGUCACUGUGGCGCAGACAGCGUCCAGUCUGCUCACCUUGGCCGUCGGAAGUCUUAUAAUCCCGACAGCGUUUCACGCAUGGUCAAACGCUGGUGAAGCCGGAAUUGCACCUCUUUCGCGAGGAACGAGCGUGAUUCUACUUGUCGUGUAUGCAUGCUAUCUCUUUUUUCAACUUAAAUCUCACAUGGAAAUGUACAAUAAGCCGAGUGAGAAAGUCGAGAAAAGACGUGGGCGAGUCGGAACUGGUGACGCUACCAUAGGCAUUGCACAGAUUGGGGCAGGCAUCUCUGCCACAAUGUUCGGAGAUAACGCUCAACGCGUUUCCAUGGUCAUCCCAGAUGACAAGGAAGAACCGCAACUAACUAUCUGGGUUGCCUUAUUUACACUUGCUGCAUCGACAGCAUUGGUGGCCCUCUGUGCCGAGGCCAUGGUCGGCUCAAUCGAUGCAAUUACCACUCGUGGUCACAUCUCAGAAACGUUCGUGGGAUUAAUUCUCAUUCCAAUUGUUGGCAACGCAGCUGAACAUGCUACGGCCAUCACCGUUGCGAUUAAGGAUAAAAUGGAUCUCUCCAUUGGGGUUGCUGUUGGGUCAAGCAUGCAAAUUGCUCUUUUGGUGGUUCCCCUCAUCGUAGUUAUUGGGUGGAUUGCUGGCAUCGAUGAGAUGACAUUAUACUUUGAUGGGUUUCAAAUUGCAGUACUGUUCGUUUCCGUGCUGCUAGUAAACUACUUAAUCCAAGAUGGCAAGUCAAAUUGGCUAGAAGGUGUGUUGUUGAUGAUUCUCUUCCUCAUUAUCUCGGUCGCGGCUUGGUUUUACCCGGCAAAAUCUGAGCCCAACGCUCCUUAG